CCCUGUCGUUAGUAAAGAAAGAUAGAGAGCAAACAAUGGCUGAAAACCUAGAUGAAAACAGUUAUUCUUCUCUUCCUUCUAAAUUGCCCCCUGCAAGCACCCCUGUUAAUGUAUGUGUAUUGGUUAAUAACAUUCCUUUGUAUUGCGGAUCCAAUGAUGUUGCUAAAUGCCUUGAAGCACAACCAGUUUCUCUUCCACUUUCUUCUCCUCUGUCUAUCAGUGAUGUCCAUGUUGUUCCUACGCAAUCAGGUGGAAACGCAUCCUCUCCUGCAACUAAACACGCAGUGCUUGCUGUGAAAGCGAGUAAUGUUGAAGCUAUUCCUAGAAAUCUUCAGCUACAAGAUGGUAUUCCCCCAUCAUCUAACGUGAUUCCAAUGUUCCAAGAAGAGGCCACUGCCGCCUUCACAUUACAUUGUGGUACUGAGCCUAUUAUGCAGUAUUUGGUAUCACAAGGAGAGAAACUAUCGAUUCAACUUAAGACUAAAGGAAAUAUUGUGAAAGUUCGUGGCAGUUGCAGUCAAAUGUACAAGUUUAGGCAGUAUCUAGCAAAUCUUCUAACUGAGAAUAUCCUUGCAUUGCCACCAUCACAUCAUGCACACCAUAAUCAAGCAAUACAUGCACACAGUACAAUCAACCCUGUACCAGAGCAGGUUCCUCAUGAGGGAGGCAGCAAUGAAGGAGCAGCAGCCACUGGGGGCAGUAGUGCUGGUGAUGGUAAGACCUUUACUGGUCUUAGUAAAGAUGUCCUUUUGCUUAUGCCUAAAAUUCGUCAAGAUUGCUCUAAGAAUAUGCAAUUCUUCCCCGAGGAAGGAAAAGUAGUUGUUUUAGCAUUUUCAGAGGAAGAGCAGGAGCAAUGUAUAACACAAUUUCAAAAUACGUAUCAAGAAAUCAUUAAAAAUCGUCAGUUGAAGUCUGGCAGUCUUGAAAUACCACCUGCCUUCCAAAUAGAAAAUAUGUUUGGUUUAUUGGAUGAGUUUGAUGCUAAAUAUAGUCAAUGUCACUUUUCAUGUGAUGAGAAAGCUCGAGUGGUUAGGAUAGUAUCAAUGUCAUCACGUCAAUUUGAUCAGGCAAAGAAGCUACUUGGUGAUCAUCUGGCAGGAGAGAAAUGGGAAGAUAAGACAGGAAAGAAUAAAGGAGGAGGAGGAGAAGGCAAAGGGCCUGGGAAAGGAGCUAUGAAAUUUAAAAUAUCAACCAAAACUGGUUCGUCUGAAGUGUUAUUACUGAAUAAAGAUCGUAAGCUUACAGUAAAACGAGGCAAUUUAGUAGAAGAAGAUGCUGAGAUAAUUGUUAAUGCUGCCAAUAGGGAGCUAAAGCAUGCAGGAGGAGUUGCUAAUGCUUUAAAUAAAGCAACUAAUGGUGAGCUGCAAAAGAUAUCUAAUAAUUACACGAGGAAUUAUAAUGAUGUACCAGUUGGAGGUACUGCACUUACUAGAAGUGGAGGUGGAAAGUUAAAGUGCAAGUGGGUUAUUCAUGCAGUUGGUCCUAUAGCACACGAAGUGAAGUCUGAAGUAGUAUGUUCAGAGCUCAUAUUCAAAGCUAUCACUAAUUCUCUCAUUGAAGCACAGAAAAAGAAUGCUAAAUCAAUAUCAUUCCCAGCAUUAAGUACAGGCAUAUAUGCAGUUAAUAGAUCAUUAGCUGCUGAUGCUAUAUUUCAAGCAAUAACAAAGUUCCAUUAUACUAGUAGCAAGGUAUUGACCGAUAUUCGUAUUGUUAUAUUAGAUGAAGAUACCUACUCCGUAUUCGCUCAACAUUUGCUGGCUAUAAAAGCUACUGGUAUUGAGGCACUUAGCAGUAAAGAAGAAGAAACUUCAUUUCAGACUGCUACAGAUCAUACUGUUAGCACUACCAGUCAUCAUCAGGGAUAUGGCACUCCAACUUAUCAAGGACAUCAUGGGCAACUUACUCAGGUAUCUUAUAGCAGUGCUGUUGGUGGAGGUCACUCAUCUUUUGGGAGUCAUGCUCUUGGAACUGAAGGGCAUCCUACUGCUGGAAGAGGUAUCAGUUCAACAACAACCCCACCUCCUGGCAUUCACCAGUCACCUAUAACAACACAACCAACUGGACAUCCUGCAACAACACCUCAUACAGCAGUAGUUACCACAAGUUCUUUUUUUAUUCCAACUACUGCUACUAGUAGAGGGGGUGUAAUGCUUAAACCAGCACUGUUCAACUAUGGAGUACAAGGAGGAGGAGGAGGAGGAAGAGGCUUGGGUAUUGGAAAAGGAGCACUCACAACAGGAGGUAAUGGAGCAGGAGGUACUGGAGGAGGAGCAGGUGGUAAUGGAGCCGGAGGUAUUGGUCCUACUGGAGGCUAUGGAGGAGCAGGUGGUAAUGUAGUAGGAAUUGGAGCAGGAGGUAUUGGAACAGGAACAGGAGGUACUCAAGGAGGAGGCUUUGGAAGAGGAGAAGAAGGUGGUUUGGGAGGUGUUGGACGAGGAGGUGAUAAUUGGCCACAGCAAGUACCUGGAGGAGCAGUCGUGCAAAAAUUAUUGACUCCAGCAGAAUUAGCCCAGAAUCCGGCACCUACAGGGAUAAAAAGGUCUGUUUCACAUGAUGGCCACUAUUCAACACCACCUGACGCAACACCUGAUUCUCUUACACAUAGUAAAGGAGGAGAAGGAGCUACUCCUAGUAUUAAUAAAACUGAUAAUGAAAAAGGUUGCUCUAUUUGUCUGAAUGAAGUGGUAACAGAUCCUGUUACUAUAAAAUGUUGUAGUAAAGUAUUUUGCAGAGUAUGUAUUGAUAAAGCUUUAGAGCAUUCCUCAUUUUGCCCAAUCUGUCGAGCAGCAGUUAAAGAAGUGAAAGGAAAUCAGCCACCAGGCACAAUGGGCCAUUCUUUUAGUCAUUUAUCUUUACCUGGCUAUGAGGGAUCUGGCACCAUUGUUAUUAAAUAUACAAUACCCAGUGGUACGCAAACUAAUGAGCAUCCUGCUUCAGGUCAGCCAUAUCAUGGAACAACACGUGAAGCAUAUCUACCUAACAAUCCUGAAGGACAAGAAGUGUUAAAGCUGCUACAAAAAGCAUUUGAUGCUCGAUUGAUAUUUACAGUUGGUACAUCACACACGAGUGGUAUCACUAACACUGUAGUCUGGAAUGAUAUACACCAUAAAACUAAAGUAUCAGGACAACCAUUUGGUUAUCCUGAUCCUACUUAUCUGACAAGAGUAAAAGAAGAACUUAAAGCUAAAGGAAUACAAUAAGUAACUUAGUAGCACUUAGAGGUACUAGUUAAUUAGUAGCUAUUGAUUAUAUUCAUAGUUUCCUGUUAAGUUGUGAUUUCAUUUAUUUCUUUUCCUUUGAAUUAAUAAUGUUUCUUUAUUGCUGUAGUUUA